UUUUCAUGUUUGUUUUGGCAGAUCUGGGGAAUUUUCGUGUUUACGCCAGAUAUUUUGAGGUUAUCGGCUCGAAUGUGAGGUUAAUAAUUUAAUAUAAAAAUAAGUUAGUUAAGCAAGAUUUGUGAUAUUUAUUGCAGCAUUCUAAUUUUUAAGUCUGUUUCAAAAUGAAUGCCUGUUUGUAUGUUUUGUCAUGUUUGUUCAUUAUUUUGAACAGUUUUUCUAAUAGUGGUGCAAUAAAAUCAAUUCAGGAUGAUGAUCUCAUGAACUUAAUCAGAAGCGAAACUUAUGUGGUUGCGUUAUUUUCUGCAAAAAAUUGCGAACUUUGUGAUAAUUUUGAAAACGUUUUGACUAAUCUAAAGGAAGAGUUUUUGAAAUCAUUUGAAGGACCAACUGUUAAAGUUGUUAAUAGCCAAUUAACAAGACUGUAUAGCCCCACAAAGGAGCCGGUUUUAGUGUUUUUUAGACAUGGAAUCCCUUUACUUUAUAAUGAUGUUCCUUCAGAAGAACUGAUACUUCACACAUUCCUCAACAAUAAAGAACCGGUGGUAAAAGAGCUAAAUGAUGAAACUUUUGAACAUUUAACUCAGGCCUCAACUGGGGCUACUACAGGUGAUUGGUUUGUGAUGUUUUAUGCCCCGGACUGUGUUGAUUGUCACCGCCUUCAAGCCCGGUGGGAGACAGUCGGGGCACAAUUAAAAACACGAAUGAAUGUCGCACGGGUCAAUAAAGCCACAGAUGGGGCCGCAACAGCAGCACGAUUUGGAGUUUCCCAAGCCCCAACUUUUAUUCUCUUCAGACAAGGCAAAAUGUACAAAUAUCAAAUCCAAAAGUAUGACAUUGCGUCUUUCACUUCUUUCGCUCAGGAGUGGUACAAAAACGUGACUCCUCUUCGAGUACCCUCACCCAAAACACCGUUUGAUAACAUUGUUGAAAAUAUUGUACUUAAUUUGCAAGAAAGUACGAUGAUUUGGAAAAUAUGUUUAGCGGCGACUUUUGUUGGACUCUUGUUAAUAAUUUUAAUGAAGUGUCGUAAGACUGAAAAACCUCAAAAACCGGCAAGCAAGAAAGGGGAUAAAGACAAAUAAAAAUCCAAUUUUUAACACUAACAUUUUUUAUUAAAAUAAAUUGGUGGCUGAUUUCAUGCUUCAUUUACAAAUUA